AUGAGCGUAUCGUACCAGAACGGGGCGCAGCAAGGGAUGCCUAUACCGAAGAUAUACGGAGCACCGAUGGAGAAGUACUUGUCCAGUUCCCCGAUUGAUUUGCCAACGCCGCCUGACGAUGGCGGCCUGUUGGACGCACAUCGUGGCCACCGCCACACGUCGAUUCGCGACAAUGGCGCAAUGUUUUAUUCACACACAGGCCGCAUUGCAAAAGAGAGCAACCGUGCAUCUACGCCACGCACGCUCCUGCACCGCGCGCCGUUUUCAGACUUGAGCCGCGGCACAGCACCGUUCCAGUACUCCGGCUUCCGUCCCUUUGGUUUCUCGCACUUUCAGAUGUCUGCAGAACGCCAUCCAAUUAUGAACGACGAGCCUGUGGAAGACACGGAAAUCACUCUCGACGACGUGUUUGCACAGGGCGAGCAGCUUGGCACACGAGCGGCUUCCGUGGAAGCCGACGUGCUUGACAAUCCCUACACGUCUCCUGCGCUGGGCCCCCAAAUGCAGGAUGGCGACGAAGUAAUUCCUCCUCUUGAGCCCAGCUACAGCUCUUCCUCGCGCACCGCCGUAUCCGUGCCGCGCAGCUAUCCGCACACGAGCUUUGAGCACCCAGACUUGUCUACGAGCAACCCCGAUGCGUAUGCGCGACAAGCGCCAGGAUCGCUGAGCUCCUCGGCAGGGAGCCACCGCACAGGCCACAGUGUCGGCCCUGCACAGCGCCGUGCCUCGCUCCGCCAGCCAAUAGACACGAUGACGCCCAUGCCUGGCACAAGCGCUGUACGCCGGUCGCCGUACAACGUGCCGAACAGAUCCGCCGUUUCCUUCUCCGCGCUGAGCAUGACGCCUUCGAAUGGCGCCUCGCGUCGCUUUUUAAUGCAUGGCCGCAGCGCCAUCUCACGCCGCCCCAGCUCUUUCACGUUUUUGCAAAGCAGUAGCGCGCCUUCCCACCACUCGUUCGCGACGUUUGCCGCAGACGAGACUGACGACGACGACGCCACCGAGGAUGAAGGCGAGGCCAUGUACCCGCGCCGUACUGCUGCGCGAUAUUCGCGCUCUCCGUCGCCCACCAUAGACAGCGAUUGGUCUGCGCACGACGGCGAAUACGAUGCGUAUGUGCGCUUGCGGCAUGCGCCGCGCGAUCCGUACGGCUAUGCGCGCGGCAUGCCGCUCAAUUCUCCCUACACGGUUGACCGCAAUAUACAAUCUCGGCGCACGCAAGCAUGGCCAGGAACGUAUCCAAGCUCUUUGCCCUCACGAAUGGACCGGCACGGCUCGCGGAGCUUUUCUACUCUUACUGAAGCACACGACGAUGCAUAUCCCCGCGCGCAGGUGCACAUGGCAGCAGCCGCGCUGGACCGAUUGUCCAUGGUGGGGCCGCCGUCUGUAGAAGCCGACGCAAAAGCCUGGCACCACGCCGAGCCCAUUCGCCAUGUGGCCGAAAACGACGAAGUGACUGCGAUUCGCGAUCGACUGGGCGGUGCGGCAAACUGCUCUGCAUUUAUAUCUAAACUGUGGCACCUAAUGAUUAAUCCGGAACUGUACGGCAAAUACAUCCAUUGGAACGAAGCCGGCGAUACAAUCAUCCUGAACAACGAUCCCGAGAUUGCAAAUGAAUUUGCCGCAGAAGUGCUUCCGAAGCUGUUCAAGCACGGGAAUAACGCAAGUUUUGUGCGCCAGCUCAAUCUAUAUGGCUUCCAGCGUGUGAGCUCUUCGCGACUGCUGAAUUCGACCGAAAUGCAAGCGCUAGCACAGCGCGGUUCGCACGAAAAGUGGGAUGAGGCGAACGGCGCGAAUGGGUGUAAUACGGCCAUGGAGCUCUACGGCACACACUCUAGCUUUACACACCCCCGGUUCCGUUGCGGACACGAAGAAUGGCUCGCGCAGAUGAAGCCGCGGUCGAGCAAGAAGCCGAAGAAACCCCACCAGGAUGCGAGCAUGAAGAGCCCAGUGUAG